AUGUCUCCGAUCAACAAUUUUCUCAAGAUUGCCAUCAUAACGAUCUCCUGUGGUCGUACCCUGGCUGAUACAAUUCCGACAUAUGGACAGUGCGGCGGCGAAGGAUUCACUUCAACCGGCGAUUGUGCGUCUGGCUCCUACUGCCAGUCCGAGAAUGCUUAUUAUUUUGUAUUCGGAGAUUCAUACUCAACGACGGAGUUUUAUAUCCAGGGAGGCUAUCCUUCCGCAUCCGACCCCAUCGGCUUGCCUGCACUGCCUGGUGACACGACGAGCGGGGGUCUGAACUGGGUCGGCCUCGUCACCAGCGAGCUGAACACAAGCCUCGUAUUGACCUAUGACUGGGCAUACUAUGGUGCUGAUACUUCCAACGAGAUCAUCAACACUGGGGUCACCACCGACUUCAUUGCGCAGGUUGGAGAGUUCGAAGAAUACCUGGUUCCUGCACCCUCAGAGGCGGAAUGGACAGCUGACAACACUCUCGUUGCUGUUUGGAUGGGUAUCAACGACGUUGGCGAGUGCUUCUGGGAAUCUUCUGUGUAUGCAACUUGCCCUAUCGAUGAGGUGAUGGACACGUACUUUGGCCUUCUCGAGGAUCUAUACAACGAUGGAGUCCGCGACUUUGUUCUCUUGAUGAUUCCUCCAUUUUACAAAGCUCCAAUAUUUGCGGACUACACAACGUCUGAGUUGGAAAGUCUCAUUGACAACAUUCAGACGUACAAUGAGGCCCUGGAGACCAACCUCGCUACCUUCAAGUCCAGCUACAGUGGUGUCACAGGACAGGUCUUCAACACUUCAGAUUCUUUCUGGACGGUGAUUGAUGAUCCCACGGCUUAUGGCGCUGCGGAUGCGACUUGCGAGAACACGGACGGAACGAGCUGCGUCUGGUAUGAUGACUACCAUCCAGGGCAAGCAAUUCAGAAGCUUGUUGCAGAAGCGCUCGUAGACGCUGUGGGGUCGAGCUACUUUUGA